GGUGCUUUCGGAUCAGGAUCGUCUCGUCUGUUCCCGAGCAGCUCCACUGCGUAAUACGAUUGGCCACCUGCACCCAAAAUUCUCUCAGCAAGCAGCAACCACAGCAGUUCCAAGAUUGACUUGGUUUGUUCUUACAGCCAGCGAGCCAGCAAGUUCUUGAAAGAGUAGACGCGAAGUGCAAGAUUAGUGUAGAUAGAUAGAAGACCGGACUAUACCGUCACUUUGGCUGUUGUCUCCUAUAAACGUCAGAGUGACCGGUUACUACUUGGCGACUGACCGAAUUGGGAGGAAGCCAGGCGUUCGACUGUUCCAGGUCCGAGCGGUUUGCUGAUAAGUGCGGUAGGGUGUUGAAGCACUUCAAACCACCGGCGACUCCCCUCUCUUUCAGGUGGAGGUACUGUGGACAUCUGGAAAUAAAUAAUUGCAAGCAUGGAGUUUCAUUCAAUGUCAGUUGUCCCAUUCCUUUACAUCCUGAUAUUGUCACUACUUAUUCAGUCAUGUGACAUCGCCCGUGGAGAAUAUGUUCGCUUAGCAGGCAGUAGUUCACCUAACCAUGGCCGACUUGAAGUGAAGUACCGCGGAGCAUGGGGUGCGGUGUGCUUAUCAUUCAAAUCAGCGACAGAUAAGAAGUUACUUGGUAAUGCAGUGUGCCGCCAGCUUGGCUUCCCACCUGCAGUGACUGCUGAACAGAUUAUGCUGGGCACUUCUUUGUUUCCUGUCCACGAGCUGCCCGCUUACUUGGAAGACCCGGACUGUGCUGGUCACGAGAGAAGCCUUCUCGAAUGCUUCACAGAGCUUCCGUUUGGAACAGCAACAUGCGACAAGUUCACGUCCAUUGCCAUCCUCUGCAAUGGAACUCGACCGACUUUCCGGCUUGCCGGCGGUUCGUCUCCACACAUUGGUCGUCUGGAGCGUCUGGAGGGCAAAACGGCCAGCUAUGCAUGCGGCGCUUACUUCUACAUGACACAUGCUGAAAUUGCAUGUCGUCAACUGGGCUUCGGCUCCGCCGUGCGAGUCUUGAAACCGGGUAGUCAUGGCAACGGCACCGGCACUCCUUGGAUUACUAACAUUCUAUGCAGUGGACGUGAGGAGUACCUUGAUGAAUGUCAAUCGAUGGUUUUCGCUGCUGGCUAUUGUCCGGAUAAUGGACCAGCUGCAGCCAUUGAGUGCUCGGGCUCUCCAAGCCCGGCGGUCAUCACAUCGGAGGAUGGCAGUUUUCCCACAACCGCAGUGGCACCCGGCAGGCUGGGCAACGGAUCGGCCACGGGUAGCAACGCGGACUCGCCCAGCCCGCAGUCCUGGCAAAGCGACAAGCGCUCCGUCACCCUCAUCGUGUUCUUCGUCAUGGUGCUGGCCAUGCUCGCCGCGGCACUAGCGUAUAUCUUCUACUUAAGGCGACCGACGGCGUCCGGUCCGGGCGUGGCUAUGACCGUACUGAAAUAGACGAUUGCUGCGUGGACGAGGACACUCGUGUAACGUGCAACGUGUCUGCUGUUUGCUGCACCGUUUGCGGCACACCGGCCCCGGUUAUCGUCCCAGCCACUAGCGUACAGCUGCGGGGCGGGUAUUAUAACAUGCAGUGCGGCGUGUCUCGUUGUACAUGCACACACACACACACACACACACACACACACACACACACACACACACACACACACACACACACACACACACACACACACACACACACACACACACACACACACAGAUACAUAAACCUUGCAUUUUCUCUUCCGGCCUCCUUCCUAGUGAUCGGGAAUGACCAGAUCUGCUCUACACCGAUUUCUACAUGCAUGAAACUCCAUUAGCCUCUAUAAUUAUAUUUUAUUUGUGCAGCUGCACGGUUGAACGAACUUACGACUUAAAUAUAGUAUUAAAU